CUGGGGCUCGCGUGACGGUCCGGGCCGCUGCUUUCUGCCGCGCUAUCUGGCAACCCUGCUCACUGCCUGUUUUGAACCACGCUAGCUUGGGUCCGGUCCGCACGCCGCCCCGGUACCGGCCGCUCAGCUGUCUUCUAGACGCGUCUGAAUACGUUCGGCUCGGCUGUGUUGUAGACACGGUACUUCACCCAGAACCCCGAACCCCAAACUCCCCUUCUGGCAACUUCUACGAUUAUGAACGGUGAAAGAUCCAGACUGGACUCCCCUUUGUACGGGUGAUGGCAGCACGUCUGCAGUCAUAUGACAGCAACUCCAGUGACACUGAGAACUGGGAACGGAAGACAACCAGCCGGCCUCGCAAACUCUGUAAGCACUCAAGCACUCAGGUGCGUGUAUCUCGAGUGGAGGCAGACCAGGAGAAGAUGAGCCUGCACAGUGCCAGCGGGGGAUGUGACCGCUCAAGGGACCGCCGACGCUCAAGUGACCGCUCACGGGAUUCCUCACAUGAGAGAGAAGGACAGCUCACCCCCUGUAUCCGGAAUGUCACCUCACCCACCCGCCAACACAACAGCGACCGUGAGCGGGAUGGGGGCUCAUCAUCCAGACCCAGUAGCCCCCGGCCUCAGAGGAUCUCCCCCAGUGGCUCCAGUAGCAGCGGGGUGGUCAGUAGUCGCAACAGCAGCCUUUCCAGCACAGAAGGCACCUUCAAAAGUAUGGGAGUCGGAGAAAUGGUUUUUGUCUAUGAGAAUGCCAAGGAAGGAGGAGGGAGCAGUGCAGUGGGAACGCGAGGCAUCAGGACCUCAGAGAGGGUCACGCUCAUUGUUGACAACACACGAUUUGUAGUAGAUCCUUCCAUCUUCACUGCACAACCCAACACCAUGCUGGGCAGGAUGUUUGGAUCUGGAAGGGAGCAUAACUUCACACGGCCCAAUGAGAAGGGGGAGUAUGAGGUUGCCGAAGGAAUCAGCUCCACAGUGUUCCGAGCCAUUCUGGAUUACUACAAAUCGGGUAUCAUACGUUGCCCUGAUGGAAUCUCUAUUCCUGAGUUGCGGGAAGCAUGUGACUAUCUGUGUAUCUCCUUUGACUACAGCACCAUCAAGUGCAGAGACCUAAGUGCCCUGAUGCACGAACUAUCCAAUGACGGUGCCCGGCGGCAGUUUGAGUUUUACCUGGAGGAGAUGGUUCUGCCUCUCAUGGUGGCAAGCGCCCAGAGCGGAGAGAGGGAGUGUCACAUCGUCGUGCUGACGGAUGAUGAUGUGGUGGACUGGGAUGAGGAGUAUCCACCCCAGAUGGGAGAGGAGUACUCGCAGAUCAUAUACAGCACAAAACUGUACAGGUUUUUCAAGUACAUAGAGAACAGAGAUGUUGCCAAAUCGGUUUUAAAAGAAAGGGGACUGAAGAAAAUAAGACUGGGUAUUGAAGGCUACCCCACCUACAAAGAGAAAGUUAAAAAGCGUCCAGGAGGUCGUCCAGAGGUCAUUUAUAACUACGUCCAGAGGCCCUUCAUCCGCAUGUCGUGGGAGAAGGAGGAGGGCAAGAGCCGCCAUGUGGACUUCCAGUGCGUCAAGUCCAAGUCCAUCACAAACCUGGCUGCUGCGGCGGCAGACAUCCCGCAGGACCAGCUUGUGGUGAUGCACCCUGGUCCACAGGUAGACGAGCUGGACAUCCUGCCCAACCACCCACCCAGCGGGAACCACUACAGCAACAACUACAACAAUGAGCCCGACCCCGAUGCCCCAUCGCCUGCUCUCUGAGGACACAGCGGUCUCCUUCAAUGCCUCUGCCCCUCCUCUCCCCCCCUCGUCCCCCACUUCCAGCAUGCUGCAGCGUGGAGCACCGGGGGCACCAUAACCAUAUUGCCUUGACACCUCCUUUGCAGCCUUAGAGCCUCAAGAACCUGGUUGACUGUAAAAGAAAUGAAAGUAGACAAGGGACAUGAGACUGGCGAAAAGGCGAACGUUCUUUUUUUAACUUGACCAAAGGAAUUUAUUUUUCUGUUUGAAUUAAAUUCACAAAACACACUUGUUAUUAUUAUUAUUAUUAUUAUUAUUAUUUCAGUGGUUCUUGUUACCUUAUUUUGCUGUGUUUUGGCCUGCGCACUCUUCUGUGGUGUCACCGUCUUUUUCUCUCCCUGGGUUUUAUUUCACUUGGGACAUUUAGGACUCGAUUCUGGGAGGCCGAAUCGGUGAAUGUGCUUCUGGGAAAUGGCACCAGACUAUGGCUUCUGGACAUGAAGGAAAUAACGUAGCUGUCAUCACUGGGCAUCUUGAUUUCCAGGUGAACUCGCUCCGAUGUGGUUUUGGUAUUGAGACGGGGUUGGUUUUCAUCGGCUGGUCUGUUGUGUGAUGUAACGCUCUUCCCAUAGCCGACAGAUGCAGAGCACAGACUGUCGUGCUCGACAUCAUUUUGUUCAAAGCUUGAAAUCAUUGUCUGAAAACAAGCUGAAAGCAUUAAAUAAAGAGGU